AUGGUGACAAAUCUCAGUCCUGAUAUCAACGUGGAGACAUUGAAGAACUUUGUUGAAUCAAAGAAGAAUACAGUUGUCUUAAAGAUAUUUCUUGGAAAACAUGGAAAAGCUGUUGUUAUCCUUGAAGAGGAAAUUAAAGAUGAAGAUAAUUAUAAAGAAAAAAACAGCUCCAAAAAUUUGACGUUAGAAGGGCGUUCAGUUUCUUUGAAAUUUGCUCCACUGACCAAGGGGAUAAGGGUGAAGAAAAUACCAAAAAACACAACUAAAGAUGAUGUCAAAUACAAAUUUUUAAAUCAUAGAUUUGGUGGAGGUGAAGUCAUCAAUAUGGAUUAUGAUCAAAAUAACGGAAUUGCCGAACUUUUUUUUGAAAGUUCGUCUGUUGUUUCCAACUUGGUAAAGAAAGAUCAUGUCAUUAAGGAGACAUCUUUAACUGUGCUGCCUUUAUAUGAAGAUUUUGAAGAAUUGGACGAACCUGAAAACAAAAUAAGAGAAUUUCAUGGCGACAUCCCUUGUGAAAGCGACGUCGUUGACUAUAUGAUGCGUCAUCACAAUAUGUCUCAGAUUGAUUUAAAGUCAGUGACAUACGAUGAAACCACGUCGACUUUUCAAUUUACAAAGGAUGUUGAAGAUCGUAAGGAUGGAGAAGAUCUAAGUAAAAGGUUAAAAGUAUACGUUAAUUCUUUUGGAAAGGAAACGUUGGUAAUUCCCACAGAUAUUUUCGAUCAAGUGAAGCUGAAGGUUCUUGAAAACAAAGUUGACUCAGAUAUCGAGGUAAGAUUUGAGAAGCCAAACGUUGUUUUUUUUGGACUCAAGGAAAAAAUCAUGAUGAGAAAAAAAGAGAUCGAAAAAUUGGUCGAUGAGCUCACAUCUGCCGCCAAGACGGAAUCCGUUAAAAUUACGGCAGAAGAUGAUGAAGACAAAGCUACAAUUUAUGUUAGUGGUUUUAAAGAGUCCUGCACCAACGACUCGAUUACACUAUUUUUUGAAAACAAACGAAGAUGUGGUGGAGGUGAACUUCGUGAUGGAAAAAAAGGAUUUACGCGAUUGUCUCCAACCGUAGCUCGGUUGACUUACGUUUCCUUAAAAGACGCUGAAAACGUGUUGAAAAAGGCCAAAGAAACACUUCUUGUACACGAAGAGAGUCCGCUUCAAGUGACCGCUGACUACGUACCCACCGAGGACCGAAGUAUAUUGAUGGUGACAAAUCUCAGUCCUGAUAUCAACGUGGAGACAUUGAAGAACUUUGUUGAAUCAAAGAAGAAUACAUUUGUCUUGAAGAUAUUUCUUGGAAAACAUGGAAAAGCUGUUGUUAUCCUUGAAGAGGAAAUGAAAGAUGAAGAUGAUUAUAAAGAAAAAAACAGCUCCAAAAAUUUGACAUUAGGAGGGCGUUCAGUGUCUUUGAAAUUUGCUCCACUGACCAAGGGGAUAAGAGUGAAGAAAAUACCAAAAACCACAACUAAAGAUGAUGUCAAACACAAAUUUGGAAAUCAAAGAAUUGGUGGAGGUGAAGUCAUCAAUAUGGAUUUGACAAAAUAA